UGCGCUGGAGCCACAAGACGUCUUCAGCUGCAGGGAAGGAGGACAGGCUCCUCAUGGUGACAGAAGGGCUACCCGUCAUGGACACCCUGCUGCCCCGGCUUCUCUCGCCAUCGCCGGGCGAGGUGCGGGAUUGCGUGGCCCUGUUGAUGAGCGAGGUGCAGAAUCAAUGUGAGGAGCUGGUGGACGCUCUGAUAAAGGACCCCCAGCGUGAUCAGUACUUGGCGGCCAUGUGUAGAUUCCUACACACGGCUAAUGUCCGGCUCUGCAGUAAUGUUGCCUACAUUCUCGGUACAGUAGCGGAAGAUCCAGGAGUCGCCGUCAUGUUAGUGAACCUGGCAGAAAACUCAACAGACUGGGACCUGCUGGGGAGACUGGGAGCAAUGCUUCUGUGGGACGAUGCAGAAUCUGUAAUGAACGCUGCUGGUGCCCUAGGAACACUGGCAGAGAACAGUCAUGGUCGACGCUGGAUUCUCUCGUCUCCGGAUUCGGACUUCAUCAUUGAGAACAUCACAAACCUUUUGGAUUCCCCAAGUGACUGGACCGCCAGUAACUGCGCCCUGGUGCUCGCCCGCAUCUCAAUGUGCCAGGAGGGGUGCGCACGGCUCCUGGAGCACCCGAAAUCUGACAUGAUAUUACAGAAGAUCAUCUCAUCACUCCACGUGGAUGAAGCAGGCUGCGGUCUGAACGCGGCUUUUACUCUCGGACGUCUGUGCGACACAGACACAGGGAGGAGACGAGUGCUGGCGCUGGAGGAGGCCGAAAACAUGAUCUCUGCACUGGAGGCCAUGAUGUCUGGAGGAGAUGCAGGUGGAAGCAGAAAUGCUUGCUUCGCCCUCACGUGCCUAGCGACUAGCCAAGCCGGCCACCACCAUGUCCUGAAGAGCCAGCACUUCCCUCAGGUCCUCGAGACGCUCUGCCACCUCCUGCAGUCCCCGGAGCAGGACUCCUGCUGGUUCGCUGCCAUAACUGUUAAGGGAAUAUCCAAGUUUCCUUCAGGCGUCCUGAGACUACGGCAGCAUCCUACACUUGAGUCAAUCCUAAAAAAAGUCGCAGCAUCGCCCACAGCUGGGGACGAGCUGCUGCAAGAGGUGGAAGGGACGUUACGGAGCCUCCAGCGUCUCCCGCAACCUGGUCCUCCCACAGCGAAGAUCCUGGAGUCCGGGUCCGUGAUGGUGGCCUGGAAGGAAUACCGACCGCCCAGCGGCCUUGCUGUCACUUACAGCCUGUAUGACGGCGACCAGCUCCUGUACCGCGGACCGUCCUUCUCGUAUGUCAUACCUCACUGCAAACCAGGUCGUCAUCGUCUCAAAGUGGUCAUGGAAACUGAAGGAGACUGCAGCCCGGCCAGUCCCCUCACCCCAGUGACUGUGGAGGAGCCGCUGCCCAGCUGCCCCACAGACUUCCAGGUGGUAGGACGUACGGCCACGAAGGUGAAACUAUCCUGGAGCCCGCCAGCAGCAUCCAGCGCAGGUGUUAGAUACGUGGUGUACAGGGAGGAUAUCCUUGUGGAGACCACGUCCGACCUGAGCUGUAUCGUGGGCGGCCUGGCCCCUUCCACCAGCUACACCUUCAGUGUAUGUUCCUGUAACUCAAGGGGCCACAGCCCAAGAGUCUCUUUGGUCUCCAGAACCAUGGACGGAGGGGACCACGCUCCGGACAGACUUACGGUCUACGUCAUUGGUCGAAGCGAAAUGUUCAUCACUUGGGAAGGGCCCAAAGAUCCGGUCGGCAGGUUUUUCAAUUAUGAACUCAGCAUGAAUGGAAAAUCUGUGUAUCUGGGGACUGAGCGCUCGUACACGGCCCGCCGCCUGACACCCAGCACUGAGUAUACCUGCACAGUCUGCGCCAUCACCAGCGAAGGACGCUUCGAAAGCCGCCCUGUCACCAAGCGCACCGCCAGGGAUGAAUAUAGCAACCUAAACAAAAACCAAACUUGGGGCAUUCGCCACACGGCCAGUUCCCCUACCGCAGAGACAACGGAUCAAAGCGAGAAGUCGCCGCGGACGGAGCCACCCCGGAGAAGUUCUCUGACUAAAAGCCAGAGCGUGCGGCUGGUCAUAAGCAGACAGACUGGCAAGUCGAAACGAGACAACAAAGUCCUCUGUACCAGAACCCGGAGAGACUCCGUUAUAUCCUGGACUGCAGAAUCCAAUGACGGCCCAACGACAAAUCAAUCCUCUCCAUCCAAGCCCCCCUCCCCCAGCGACAUAACCCCAGGACAGACGAGCAAAAAACCUCUGCAAAAAGAAAGCAGUAAAUGCCCCGAACAGACUGAAAACCGCCAUGAAAAGAAGCCAGAGCUGAGGAAUCCUGCCGACAUCUCCCCAAAGCCUGCAAAGCAGGUUCCGUUAAAGACACCCGACAGGUCGGCACAAUCCAGCCUAUCCCUUGACACCAGAAAUCGGCAAAGCGCGUUGGCUUUUCGUCUGACGCCUAUUGCCUCCCUCUGCAGCCUGGAGCCAGAAUAUCUGAUGAUGAACAGCAGAGCCAAGACGGACAAUGAACAUCUCAGGCCGCCGCCGCCCAACCAGGAGGGGCCCUCACAGCCAAUCCUCCUCCAGGAAUGUCCCAGGGCAUUGGAUAAAGACAAAUGUGCCGCCCAGAAGAAGACCCUGCAGCCCGUGCGAGAUCCCAUCAUCCGGUACAAGCACAGAGGCCUGAAGAUCAACGCUUGGGACUUCACAGAAGCGCUGACGAGCGGAGAGAAAAAAUUGUGCACAUUUUCCACCACUUGUCCCUUGACUCCAACUGAAGAAGCCUUGACCGUGUCCAAGAGCCUCGUACGCCGAGACAGCCUCCUGUCCCGCGGCCCAGGUCACCAAGAUGGCAGACGUCACUCCUGGUCCCACCUCCGUUCAGAACUGUCCUCUCUCCAGAGCCUAAAAAGCACAGAAGCAAGGAGCAAAGGAUUCUUAUCUGGAAGUGUCCAGAAGGAUGUUCAUGUCCUAAUUGGAGACUCGGGGGUGACAUUCCGACUUCCGCCCGCCCCCAUCAGAAUUCCGCACAGGGUCCGUCCCCACCACUGACUGUAGGAGCAGCAUCGUGCGCACCUCGGGGUGGCG